AUGGAGCACUGGAAGCAGUGGACGGCGUCCGUGGGGCCGUUGGGCCAGAAGCUGACGGAGCGCUUUGGCACGCUGAACCAGCAGGCGCGUGAGCGCUUUGGCCAUGCACAGGAUCUGACGGAGCUGCCGGCUGAGUACAAGCAGCUGGAGCAGCGGGUGGAUGCGCUGAAAAGUGCGCACCAGCACAUGGUGCGCACGAUCAAGACGUAUGAGAACGAGGCGUAUGACUACCCGCAUGCGCUGCAGGAGUCUGUGACGCAUGGUGCUCAGCAUCUGGGCCACACGCUGUCGACGUGGGCGGCGCAGGCGACGAAGAGUGCGGCGCCUGCGCCUGCGGCGUCGGCGUCGCAUCCACGCACGCUGAGUCAUGCGAUCGCGCGCAGUGCGACGGCCGCGGCGAUGGACUUGUCGCAGUGUCCUCCGAAAGUGCCGGCGUAUGCGGAGGGCGAGCUCGUGGACACGACGGAGAGCAAGCUGGCCGAGCUGCUGCGCCGCUUUGCUGUGGCGCAGGAUGCCGUGGGCCAUGCGCGCCUGCACCAGGACCAGUCGAUCGUCUAUUCGUUCCUGGUGGUGUGGAAUACGUUUGGCGCGCAGAUCCAGAUGGCGAUCCGUGCGCGCCAGCAGGUGCGUGAUGCGCGCCUGCACCUGGAUGGAUGGCGCGCGCAUCUCAAGUCGGCGGAGCAGUCGAGUACGCCGAGUGGCAGCAAGCUGGCGUCGAUACGGGAGGAGGUCGAGCAGGCGGAGGACAAGCUGGUGAGUGCGACGGAGGAGGCGAUCAGCUUGAUGAAGACGGUGCUGGACAAUCCGGAGCCGAUCAAGAGUCUGGCGCAGCUCGUGCAGGCGCAGCUGGCGUACCACCGCUCGGCGGCUGCGACGCUCGAGCAGCUGAGUGCGGACAUGUCGGACGUGGUCACGAGUGUCGAGACAGACUUUCGUGCAUCGCGGGAGUAA